GCUCUCUUUUUACUUCCUCCCCCAACUUUUCUCACCAAAGUUUUAUCCGCAAAACCUAUAUAUAUAUAUCAAGAAUGUUGUCUAGUAAAGCUAGCAGCAACUGUCAUGGACAGGAUUCUUUAUAUUUUCUGGGGUGGCAAGUUUAUGAGAAAAACCCAUUUCAUGAAGUUGAAAAUCCAACAGGAAUCAUUCAGAUGGGGCUUGCUGAGAAUCAGCUUUCUUUUGACCUCGUCGAAUCAUGGAUAAGAAAAAACCCCGACGUCAUGGGACUCAAGAAUAAGGAUGGAGAAUCUGUAUUCAGGGACCUUGCUCUCUUCCAAGACUAUCAUGGAAUGCCUGCUUUCAAAAAUGAACUGGUUGAAUACAUGGCAAAAAUUAGAGGAAAUAAGGUUAAAUUUGAUCCCAACAACCUUGUUCUUGCUGCUGGUGCAACUUCAGCUAAUGAGACUUUAAUCUUUUGCCUGGCUGAUCCUGGUGAUGCUAUCCUUCUUCCCACGCCAUCCUACGCUGGGUUUGACAGGGAUUUAAAAUGGAGAACUGGAGUAGAAAUUGUUCCAAUACAUUGCUCGAGUUCAAAUGGAUUCAGAAUCUCCAUGUUUGCACUUGAAGAAGCUUAUGAAAGAGCUCAAAAACUCAACCUCAAAGUUAAAGGGGUUUUGAUUACGAAUCCUUCAAAUCCACUGGGCACAACCAUGACUAAAGAUGAACUUCAAAGCCUUAUUACUUUCGCCAUCGACAAAGACAUUCAUCUCAUAAGCGACGAAGUUUUUUCAGGCACAGUGUUCGACUCUCCAUGUUUCAUAAGCAUUAUGGAAGCUGCAAUGGACAGUAACCUUAAAAGAAACAUAGAUGUUUUGAGCCGCAUCCACAUCGUUUACAGUCUUUCUAAGGAUCUAGGCUUACCGGGAUUUCGUGUGGGCAUGAUCUAUUCAAACAAUCAAACCGUUGUGAGUGCAGCAACGAAGAUGUCGAGUUUCGGACUGGUCUCGUCGCAAACUCAGUACCUACUGUCGUACAUGCUGGCUAACAAAAAAUUCACCAGCAACUACAUGAAGAGGAAUCAAAAGAGGCUGAAGAAAAGGAAAGAGAUGCUGGUGUCGGGGCUUAAAAAAUCAGGCAUUAAUUGCUUGAAAAGCAAUGCAGGGUUGUUCUGCUGGGUUGACAUGAGACAUCUGUUGUGUUCCAACACAUUCGAAGCCGAAACUGAUCUGUGGAAGAAGAUAUUAUGCGAAGUUGGGUUGAAUAUCUCCCCUGGUUCAUCUUUCCAUUGCAGUCAACCAGGGUGGUUCAGAGUUUGCUUCGCCAAUAUGAACCAAUCCACACUUCAAGUGGCCUUGCGACGCAUCAAGGAUUUCGUGGAACGUUCGAGCUUUAAUUACCAGCAAAAUAUGGGAAGUUUAAGUAGGAAAUUGAUCAGCAACUGGGUUCGUAAACUAUCAUCAGCUGACCGUGAAGAACAAGAGCGUUAGGUUGAUCAUAAUUAGAGUAAUCUUUUAAUUUUAAUAUAUGGGAAGUAGUCAAUUCAUGGUGUCUUGGUUUUAUAUAAAAUAGUUUUAAGUUUUCCUUUUCUACGAUUGAAAACAAGCCCUCUUGGGGAUC